AUGCAUACAGUACGAUUUACGGCAGAAGGCAAGUUUGCCGGAAGAGGUGAUACAUUAAUGAGCAGGGAUGAAAAGCCACCGAAGCUUCCCAGUGCAGAAUCUUUUAAGCUUGCAAACAUUAUCAAUCAUUUGGACAAUUCUGCAGAAAUACGACAGCAAAUUGUGGAUUCAAUAUUAGAAAUAAAUGCGAAUUACACGAAGGAUGUGGAUAGCCAGGUGGGAACGAUCAAAAAAAUAGAAAAGGAGGAGAUAUAUGAUAAAUUGGAAAACAUUCGGACAAGCUAUGAAUCUUUAAAAAAGUCGCUACCCAACGAACAAGAAAGAAGAAAGAGGGUGAUGGGCCAGAUUAAAGAGGAUCUAGGCGAUAUAAAUGAUCAGCUUGUAGAAGUAUCACAGCGUAUGGAACGUUACUUGGGCCAAUUGAAGAGUUUUGAGGGUAAAGUGCCGUUAAAGGAUCGACUACUUGAUUUAAGAAGUCCGAACAGAGACCAGUAUCAGACAUUGUUUCUGUACAGCAUGAGAGAAGAAAUCGAAAGGGAGAAUGAACGUAGAAAAAAGGAAAAAGACGAGGAAGCUCGGAUAAUUGAGGAAGAACGAGCCAAGUUAAAGAUACAAGGAUUUCAUUACAAUGAAGGUAAGAACAACAUUGGUUGCGACAUCAAAGCCAAAGAUAGCAUAUCUGCAUCCCCGGUGAAAAUGAGACAGUAUCUUUCUGUCGAAAGCGAUUUGAAUGAGGUGCAGAACAAUAAGAGUUCAGGGUUCAGCAAUCCAAUUCGUCUAAUAUCCAACGAGUCACCAGUGGUAGGUGUUAGCAAUGAAGUUGUUAGUGGGAACACCACUGGAACAUCUCAGAAAAUACACUGGAAGGGGAAAUUCGAGAAGAUGAUGAAGACCGAUUAA